AUGAAAUCUUCAUCUCACCACUCGAAACCAAUGUUAUCUCGUAGUCGUUUGCCCAAUCACGGACGACCAUCUCGGCGUGAACGAUCGACUCGUCAAUCAAACGAAUUGGGUAGGAGGAUUCGACGCGGAAAAGAAGAGGCAAAAGUGCAGAAAGAAAAGGAGGAAGCGAACUUUGUGUUCAACGUGCGCAAGCGUGUUUUGGUGGAUUGGUUGCAGAGUCUCUACGAUCAACCUGAUGAUGCGAUCAUUGCAAUUCGUGUGAAGAAGGAUCAAUUGCGUACCCUCAGUGAGCACGAAGCCUCAAAAGAGCGUCGUCGUCAAAGACGCCAGGGGGAA